AUGGCCAAACGUUCCAACUCGUGGAAGGCCUCCCAACUUGAAAAGAAAAGAAAGGCUCGCUGUGAACUUCAUCUGGAGCAGGGAUACGAUGCGAAAACCCAUCAACAGAAAGAUGCUGAACGAACCGGGGGCAGAGCUUCAAUGAAGACCAAAGAGAAAUAUAAAGAAAGGGUGGGCAAGUACGCGGAAUUUCUUAUUGAGGAGAAGGGCAUGCCCGAAGGCUAUAAAGUUGGAAAGGGACACCCAGCUCCGACACUUGAGGAACUCAAAGAGUUUUUCUGUUGGAUCAUUGAUUCUACGGAGGGCGGGCUUGCUUCUCAGACUGGCCAGUGCUGCUCCCCCUGGAUGAGCUGGGAUGGAGAAGUCUGCUACAGGUAUUCCACCUCUCAAUCCGGCGAAUGUCCCCCCGAUACCACACGCACCAAGAACAACCGCUGUGAGAAGCCGUCCGGUGGCCAUGCCUUCUGUCCCCCUGGUCUCCGCGAGAGCAAAGGCCAAUGUGUCGCCCGCGGACCCUUCUGCCCUCCCUCGACUCAUUACAAAGCCCGACUCAAAGGCUGUGUGGAGGACGAAACGCCUGCAUGUCCCGAUAAGGAUAGUAAGCUCGAGAACGGCAAGUGCGUGUUGAAGACCACCCCGGAAUGCCCCAAGGGCUCCCGCCAGGAAGGAAACUACUGCGUGAACAUCAUCAAGCCUUACUGCGAGGGCGAGGAAGAAGGAACCGUUCACUUUGACGGCACCCAGUGUGUUUCGAACGAGCUCCCCGAGUGCGAGAACACCGAUUUCAACUUUGAUGGAGAGGAAUGUAUUACUGGCCGCAAGCCGGUCUGUGACGAGGCAAACGGCUUCUUCCUCCAGGGUGGCCGCUGUGUGUCCACCAAGACCCCCGAGUGCCCCGACGACGGCAAACUCACUGCCAACGGCGAGUGUGUUUCCCGGAGCAAGCCCAAAUGUAAGACCGGCAACCUGGUCGGCAAGCACUGUGUGGUUGGAUCCGUGACCUGUCCCAAGGGAACCUGGGAUGGCAAGCACUGUGUUACCGAAGACAAGAUCAAAUGCCCUCCCAACCACUCAUGGGUGGCCUGCAAGAACAAGUGUGUCUCCUUUGAAAAGACCGAGUGCGGACCAGGCUACUACGAGAAGAACGGCGAGUGUGUCUCCAAGAACGACCACAUUCGCUGCGACGAUGGCGCCGAGUGGGAUCCCAAAACCCAGACCUGUCUGGGCACCAAGCCCGAGUGUCCCGAGGGCAGUGUUCCUGAGGGAGGCGAGUGUGUCGCCCAGGAAAUCCCCAAGUGCCCUGACCCGGAGCGAUUCGAGUUCAACGGCAAGAAGUGUGUCCUCAAGAAGGGCCCUGACUGCGCACCCGGUUUCCGACUUGACGGGACCGAGUGUGUUUCUGAGAAAGGUCCUGUCUGUGGCUUUGGCCAGGUUCCCAAGGAUGGCCGUUGCGUUUUGGCCUCUGGUGACUGUAUGGAGUUUGAGUUCUGUCCUACCUACAAGCCUUUGCUGUAG